AUGACCGCCCUAUGUCAGUUCGUUGCAAUGGCGCCCACAACAAAGGAUCAAGACUCGUUGGAGAAGGGACUGCGUGACCUGAAUCUUACAAACGAGGAACUGAACAAAUUUGAGAAAGCUUUCAAGGAUCCAGAAUUUCUGAAGCUAUUUGAGGAAUAUGCAAAGGAGGUUUCUGACCCCAAGGUCAAGGCCGAGACCGAUCAGUACCUUCGGGAGCUUGAAGAGCAGGGCCGGGCGGAGGACGUGUACGGAAAAGGUGUUGUGCUUAUAAAUCCCAAACCCGCCAUGGUGCUUAAGUCCAAGGUCCUGGGCUCUAAGGACGCGGCGGGAGAGGCCGGUGUCACUGCACCUGGUGGCUCCGGCAAUAGCCGGCGGGACACUUUGACCCCGAGCCAGAAGGUUUUCAUCAAUAUUUGCACCAGCGAAAAGGUGGACCGCUACUCCCUCAAGCAAGCGACUGACGCCACGGGGCGGUCUGGUCAGCAGUUGAGCAUCCCCAUCACUAUGGGGCUUAUGAGGCUUGGAACGGACAAACAAGGUCAGCCCGCCGCCGUGUACGACAUUGUGGUUCAUCCGGAAACGGUGGAGUUCGCGACCCGGAGCAGCGCCGUCAUGUCCUCCCUGGCGGAGACGGCCCUGGACCAAGUGGAGCAGGUCUCCCGCAGUCGCCUCCUCCGCAACUGGCGCCGCCUCAACACCCGCUUCAAGGCCACGGAGGGCUGCACCGAGCCGCCCGUGCAGUGCAUACGAACCGGGGAAGGGGGGGAGGCGGUGGGCGGCAGACUGAAGCCGCGAUCGGAUGUGCCGGCGGUCGUGGACGUGAAGGGAGCCACGGCGGCGCCGCCGCCUGCGGCAGGCGCCGCUGCCGCCGCCCCGGCAACAAGCCGGAGCACGUUCUCCUUCGACCGAAAACCCAAGUCGGGGGGAGGGCAGCCGCCGCCGCCGCCGCAGCAGCAGCAGCAGAACGGAGGCGGAGGCGCACAGUGGGGGGUGGGGAAGCGGGAUGUGGUGGAGAUGAAGGAGGAGGAGGUGAAGGACCCCCGGCAGCCGGGUUAUCUCCACUCUGACGGGUGCCGUACUCCGGAGUGGGUGCUCGUACACCGGGGUACGGCAGAUUUGGGGGAGGCCUGGGGGGAUGCGGGCCGGGGACUUCUGGUGGACAGCCAGGUGCCCAAGGAGCUGUUGGUUCGGGUGACGCUGCCCCUGGUGUCCUCCGCUGCGGCUGUGGAUGUGGACGUGGGGGAGCGCCGACUGACGCUCAAGGUCCCUGGCCGGUACUGCUUGGAUGUGGCGCUGCCGUACAAAGUGGACGAGAGCAAGGGGAAGGCGAAAUUCGACAAGGCGCGCAAGCAGUUGGAAAUUACGUUGCCUGUCGUACCGCCGCCUCUGCCGGCGGUGCCGCUACGGGCCCCAGGCGCCGCCACCGCCGCGGCGGCGGUGCGAGAGUUGCCGGCGUCGUUGCCGGCGAAUGGGGCCGCAGCUGCCGAAAAUGCCUUGACACAGGAUUCUGAGUUGGCGGCACCGCCGCCGGCGGCGGCGGCGGCGGUGGCGGCUUCUCCUGAAAUGGCAACGGCCCCCGCGGCGGAAGCACCUUCCCCGGCUGACCCAGCAGCGGCGGCGGUAGCGGUUGCGACGACGGAGUCGGAGUUGGGGGUCGCGGCGACCACAGCAGCAAGCACGGCGGAGGGCACGGGUGAGGCCCGGUGGGACUUGGUUGACGAUGACACGUCAGCGCAGCGGCAGCACGUAAGGGACGGGGAGAGGGCGACAGCGGAGGAGAUGGCGGCGAGUGAGGAGGGGGGGGCGGAGGGGUUGCCGGCACUGACGGAGAAUGAGCGCAGGUGGCGAGAGCUGCACACACGCCGGGAGGUGUUAGAGGUGACUAAGGCGGAUCCGGGGGCGGAGGAGGCGGAGGCCGUAGGGAUGGGGGAAGGGGGUGUGGCGGCUUCGCCAGGCUGCUGUGGUGGUGGUGAAGCUGCCGCGGCUCCUGCUGCUGCAUCUACGUUGGUGUCUGGUAAAGCUGCUGCUUGGGAGCUGGAGUCGACGGUGAUGUUGCAGCCACGACUUCGAAGAGACCUUGCCAUGGAGCUGGAUUGA